UGCACAUCCAAAAGUGCGUGCGAAGUGUGCGGCGGGGGAGAAAAUAUAUUUGUUUAUAAAGGCAGUAAUCGAAGCAGGUAAAAUGCUUUUUUUAUUUUUUUUUUUAUUUUGCAAGGGAGAGAAAUGGCACGAUCGCGUCAGUCGGGGAGAACACUAAAACGCUUUUUUUCCUUUAUUUCCCCUGAACCGAGUAAGGGGAAAACCGACUUUAGGACCUGUUCGUUGCGCGCUGUUAGAGGCAGCGCCGUGCGCCAGCGUGGAGUCACGUGUAUUGCAGGAACCCGAAACUGAGAAGUUAACAAAGUAGGAUUGCUCUCAUUGUAGGAGAAGACGGAGAAACGGCGGCGUGCGAUAUGUAAGUCACUAAGGAGGCAGGUGUAAUUUUUCAUAGGGGUUUUUUAUUUCUUCCCGAGAUCGCAUUCCACACGGAAGUGCAGGUGACUCUCUGCUGCUUAUCCGGAUUGCAGUCGUCAGGUUUGUAACGUUAAGGACGCAGUGGUUCGUUUGGCAAGAACCAGAGGAGGAUUUAUUGAUAGGACAUGUGCAAGAUAGAAACCGAAAUCUGCAACUGGAGCAGGUCUCUUCCAGGAAACAGUUUGGCUUAUUGUAAUGGUAACAAUUUUUAAUUUAUUUAUACCUCGCUCAUCUGGCUGGGUUUCCCCAGCCACUCUGGGAAGCCUGCGGAAAGCCAUCUAAUCCAGAUUUUAAUUUUACCCUGACUUGUUUUUAAGAGGUGGUUUAAUUAUUGUUUGAUUUUAUAUCAAUGUUUAUAUUUGAUGUUAGCCACCCUGAGCCUGGUCUCGGCCAGAGAGGGUGGGAAACAAAUAAAAGUUUUUAAAAUUUUUAUUAUUAUUAUUACAGCACAUUAAAAAAUGCAACACAUUAGACAUUAAAAACUUCCCUAAACAGGGCUACCUUCAGAUGUCUUCAAAAAGUCAGAUAGUUGUUUGUUUCUUUGACAUCUGAAGGGAGAGUGUUCCACAGGGCGGAUGCCACCACCAAGAAGGCCCUCUGCUUGGUUCCCUGUAACCUUACUUCUCGCAGUGAGGGAACCACCAGAAGGCCCUCGGUGCUGGACCUCAGUUUCUGGGCAGAACAAUGGAGGUGGAGACGCUCCUUCAGGUAUACUGGACUGAGGCCAUUUAGGGCUUUAAAGGUCAGUACCAACACUUUGAAUUGUGCUUGGAAAGGUACCCGGAGCCAAUGUAGGUCUUUCAGGACGGGUGUUAUAUGGUCUCUGUGGCCACUCCCAGACACCCAUCUAGCUGCCGCAUUCUGCCACAGUCUAGCUAGCCUUCUCCAUUAAUUUGCCUGAUCCGCUUUUAAAGCCAUCUAAGUUGGUGAGCAUCGCUUCCUUCCUGUGGGAGGGAGUUCUUUAGCUUAACUAGGUUCUGCAUGAAGAAGUGCUUGUUUUAUCUGCUCUGAGGGAGGGUUUCUUAAUAAGAAUUAAGUAUCCACACCCACUGUUGUGCAUGCCAGGAUCUAGAAUGAAUCUGGACUGAAAGCAUUUUGGAGAUGAACAUGAAUGGAUUGAGAAAAACUAAUUUUUUGUGGCACUAGCGGGUGAGUGUGUGCACAACCUGAGGCUGCAAUCCUACCCUCACUGUCUUGCGUAAGAAAGUAUCAGGAAUGUCACACCUAAGGCAAUGGGACAUACAUGCCUGCAUGCCUCCCUUUUCUAGGACCAUUGCAAAAUCUGUUGAGUUUUGCACAGGAGGAUAAAAGGGGGAGCACACAGCAAAGUUUUCAAUUAGAUGAUGCAAGCAUGCAUACUUUCCAUCAAUAUGCUCUUUAUUUUCUCUCUCACACACAGAGGUGGGAAAGCCUCUUUUAAGAUGAUGGGUGGCACCAGCUGUAUUCUUAAAUUUAAAAACUAUAGAUUUGGAUUGGCUGACCAAUUAAUUGUGAAGGCACCUUUCAAGCACAGUGGAACCUUGGUUCUCAAACUUAAUCUGUUCCGGAAGUCCGUUCAACUCCCAAAACAGUUUGAAAACCAAGGCAUGGCUUCCGAUUGGCUGCAGGAGUUUCCUGCACUCAGGCGGAAGGUGUGUCGGACGUUCGGUGUUUGAAAACCGGAACACUUCUAGGUUUUCAGUGUUCGGGAGCCAAUUUGUUCGUCAACUAUGCCGUUGGAGAACCAAGGCUCCACUGUAUAUCUUUGGUUGGCUUGAUGGAUUAACCCAGGUGAUCAGUUGACAAAGGCUGCAGUCCUAGGACACCAGAGGUGGGGAACCUGUGGUUCUCCAGAUACCGAACCUUUAACCUGAUUUGGUGGUGCUGUGGUCUAAACCACUGAGCCUAGGGCUUGCUGAUCGGAAGGUCGGCAGUUCAAAUCCCCGCGAUGGGGUGAGCUCCUGUUGCUCGGUCCCAGCUCCUGCCAACCUAACAGUUCGAAAGCACAUCAACGUGCAAGUAGAUAAAUAGGUACUGCUCUGGUGGGAAGGUAAAUGGCGUUUCCGUUCGCUGCUCUGGUUUCACCAGAAGCGGCUUAGUCAUGCUGGCACAUGACCUGGAAAAACUGUCUGCGGACAAAUGUCAGCUCCCUCGGCCAGUAAAGCGAGAUGAGCGCCGCAACCCCAGAGUCGUUCGCGACUGGACUUAACUGUCAGGGGUCCUUUACCUUUUUUUAAAAGACAUCUGAAGGCAGCCCUAUUUAGGGAAGCUUUUAAUGUUUAAUAGAUUAUUGUAUUUUAAUAUUCUGUUGGAAGCUGCCCGGAGUGGCUGGGGGAACCCGCCAGAUGGGCGGGGUAUAAAUAACAAUUUUUUAUUUUUAUUUUAUUUUAAAUUCUGGAAACAAAAAGCGCCAAUGAAUUCCGCCCCUCCCCAGCACUGAUGAUAUUUCCCUUCUUUUUAAAGGAGACAUGGCCUCUGUCCUCAGCACUGUCUUGCAGUGGGCUCUCAGCAUCGUCAUCCCAUGUUUUACAGCUCAGCUCUGGAGAUUCAUGAACAAACUGCUGACCUUCGUGGUCGUGGUGGCGCUCGCUGUUCUCCUCUCCACGAUGUGGCUAGCCAUGAACAAAGCGGAGUAUUCCCCCAUGGGCACGGACCACGAGGUUGCUGUGACAGCCAAGCAGUUGUGGAAGCCCACCAGUGUCCUCAAUAUCAUGAAGGAUGCCCUGUUGUACGUGGCUAACCUGCUGCCCUCUUACGAACCACUGACAGCUGAGAAUCUCCUAAGGCACCGUGAUCGGCUGGAUGGUGUCAACUACAUACUCCAAGCCUGUUUCAACAAGGCCAUUGAUACCUUUCUCCAGGAGCCGUGGUCUGUGCAGCAAAAUGCCCAGCUGGUUAUCCAGUGCGGCGGACCUCCCAUAGAGUUUCGGUCUGGCAAGGGGGACUGCCAGAUUUCUGUAUAUGUCCUAUACAAGCAGAUCCAGUGUGAUAUCAAAGAGCGGACGGCCGAAAUGUACCUUGCGAGGCUGGCCAUUCGCAAGGAGCCGCUGAGCGUCGGAGACCUGCUGAGAGUGAGGCAGAGCUUGCGCUCCUGGGGGGUUCUUCCCGAGGAACUAGGCCACUGCUUGGAGUUUGCAGUGGAAGAGUUUGCCAAGGAGCCGUUCUGCGUCCAGGACAAUGCCCACAUGGUUGUAGACUGCGGCGGGCAGGUGCUGAACUUUGCCUCUGGCGAAGGGGAGAAUAAGAUCAAUAUCUACGAUGUACGGGGAGGCCUCAUUCACUACCGGAUCAGGAUCUCGGGUUCCUGGACCAGCAUCGUACGGUUCUUUCAUGGGAACAAAAAUCACGCGCAAACACGUGCGAGGAAGCCUCUGCAGUUAGAGUGAGAUCAGAGCUACGAAAGGAGCUCGCCUUUUCUCGCCUCUAAAAAGACUGGUUCACAGUUUCCCCCAAACAUGAGAGAGGCAGAACAUGUGCACAUUUUUGCAAACAGCUCCCCCCCCAUUAAAUGUGUUUUGUAUGUUGUUUUCACAAAGUCAUGGAUUUUUAUGCACGCUC